CUACUGGACUUUUUGAUCUUCUUUUAUUGUAAAAUUGAACACAUCAACACACAACGUGUCGAAUACGCGAGACAGUGACUCAAAGGCCCAAGCGCGAAGGUGAAACAACGAAAUCGUAUUGACCUCCUGCCUCUAGCUCCUGCCUUGGACUAUCCCCCUUCCCUCCUUUCUCUCUCACCAACAACCACACCGCUUUCGGCUUUCUUACAUCUCAUCUGAUCUUUCACUUUCCUUCCAUAUUAUUUUCCCAUAGACAGACAUCGAUCAUCGAAAUAGUCUGUCAAAACAUUUUCACUCCAACUUUCCAUCCGACAUCAGCCCUUCACAAGGGUGAACCACUUUCUUUUCUAAUCUUCACGUCAUCUUACCCAUCCUUUGACCUUUUCUUCACAUCCUCCCAUAAACGGUGUUGAUCACCCAACUUCACACUUUGGCGAUUUCCACGACGCAUCCGUCAAUUCUACAGAGAAGACACAAGUUUUCCACUGCGACUGCCGAUUGACCGAAUUCAGUCAUACUCAUUCUUGAGAAAUCCAACAUGGACCCACACUCUUUCCGCUUUGGCCUCGCUGCCGCCGGAGCGCACAAACGUUCCUUUACCAAGAGAUCUUGUAAUCUCGCUUCCGGAGAUCUUUACACUUUCCCCAACUCCUCCUCUACCGUCGAUGCCACUCAACCACUCACAUUCAAAUGGAACACGGAUUGUGACGUUUCGUCCAACAUCGAUCUCUAUCUUUACGCUCCUUCAUCAGCCGCUGGAUUGAUCCACGCAUGGACCAAUGUUCAAUUCUCUUCCGGUGAAUUUACCGCGACUCUCCAGCCAAAAUGGUGGAACGACACCACCACCGCCAAACUACAAUUGAACAUCAUCGAGUCUGGCGGAUAUUCUUUCCUGUCGUCCAACCCUCUGGGUCCAGUCUUCACAGUGAACUACGCCGCCGACGCUAUGUUCUCGACUACGGAGAAGAAUGGCGCGGUCCAAACUCAGACCGCUGCAGCAGCAGCUACAAAUGUCGCCGACGCCGUGUUCCAAGACGUUUCAGACACUUAUAAACAUCACGGUAUCUCCAAAGGAGGUAUCGCGGCUGCUGUCCUCGUUCCCCUUCUGGUCCUGCUUCUUCUCGCAGCGGUUGGGGUCAAGUUCUGGCGAAGCAAGGAAAAAGCGAAUCGCCAGCGAUGGUCCAAAGCUCUGUCUACGCACUCUGGAUUGGAUUGGGAAAAAGGUGCUCGACCAGGCGAAAAGCCUCAAUCGAUUCUCGGUCGACCAAGUAUGUCUACCAUCCAACGUCCGACCUCAUUCGCCGCCUCGUCAACUUACGCCAUCGAAAACAACAUGGCGGGUGCCGGUGCCGGUGGAUUCGCUCGUCCUGACAUAUCUGGUCUGCGUUCAGUGUCCGUCGACAAUAUUCACACUCCUCCCGUCGGACCUCGUCAAUCUCGUAUCUCAUUCGCGGAGGCUGCUCGCCCCGACAGAAGAUCGCGUUUGUCUUUCGGUGGUGAUCUUCGUCCUACUGUCAGUCAUGGUACUCCUGGUACUCCAGUUUUCCGUAUUCCUGGUGGAACGCGAUCUGCUGCGGACCUCAAUACUCCACGCGGUAUCGCCUAUGCUACUGGCUCCGCUCUCGAUGAUGCGGAAGAGGAUUUGAACGUCUCUCCUACUCAAAAAGCUGGUCCUCAACCAUUCGCCGACGCCGAAAUGAAACGUGUCGGUCAAGGACGUCGUACUGGUCGUUUAUCUCGUUUGUCACUCGGCGAUCGUCGACGCAGCUCAGUUGUCUCUGGUGUCGAUGUGGAAGACUUUAAAUCCGCCGCUUCUGCCCGUGGUUCCGUCGAUGAAUUACGAGAUCUCGAAGCUGUCAUGUUGGCUCGUCGAUCCGUCAUGUCCACACUGUCCGUCGGUAAUGUUCAAUCACCCGAUAAUAACCAUGUCGAAGCUCUUGGAGAUCUUCCUCCUAUCCCAUCGCCUACUGGUUCUACCAACAUUGAGUCCCCCGAGACCUCGCCUGUCCCAGCUAUCACCUACGGACCCGAUCAAAUGCUUGCUGUUUACGCCGCUCGAGCGAAAUCUCAAGCUCAAGGUCCGUUGAUACCGGAAAAACCUCAACCGAACAGACAAAACUCCGGUAUGAGACUUUUGACUUCACUAGGCAAGAAGAAUGCCGAUAACACUGGGAACGUCACAAGUCCCACUUCUCUCAUGCCACCACCUCCCGCUCCAGGCGACAUGAAGAGCUACGUUCAUCUCAACCGUGGAACUGUUCCCGCCAACAUUGUCGAAUCAAUGCCUCAUCCUGGUCCUCCAUCUGCCGGACUUUCACCAGGUAUAGCGAUAUCAGGAGGUAGAGGUAGAAGUGGGACGGUCACUCGUCAAUCGGAUGCUUCGGCAUAUUCAGAUGAUGUGGGUAGGGCGGCAUAGAUUCAUCUAAUUCAUUUCCAUUUUCUAUUGAUCACAAUAUAGUUGAAAACAUAUCGAAUAAUGGACAGUUCUUCUCUCUCUCGUCAAUUGUCUCGUUCCAUGUCUCUGUCGAAGGGACAGAUGGAUUCACACUCGUUCGGUUUUUAGGGUUUGAGGAUAUGGUUUAGUGUAUAGUUUUGCGUAGGAUAGGGAUGCGAAACCUCGCUAGUACGAGAUGAAUUCUUGUGAUUAAGC